UCUCCUCUCUCUCCCGCUAAACAAAACCUCUGUACACUACAUUACAUACUUGUCAGUACAUCUAUAAAGAAAGAGAAGUGAAUAACGCAGUUGAUCUCAAAUAAUCAGCGGAGUAAAGUCAGCUAUAUAAUAGAACACAAAAGUGAACUAACAACUAUUAAAGAAUCAGUGAACGAUUGUGAUUAUCUAUUCUAGUAAUGAAGAUGGGUUAAUCAGUAUAAAUCCAGUUUAAGAAGUAUUGACGAUGGUUAAAACAUCAAUAAAGCGCCUGAAGGUGGCCGAGGAUAAGAAUGAACAGGGAGGAAGACGAGAGGUGGCUUCUAGCGAAGUUUCCAAUGCUCAACCUGACUCAGCUUACAGUUCUCUAGGGCACUCAGCUUAUAGCUCCUUAGGACCAAUUAGACCUAAGAACAGCUCCUUGGCUUUCAGUCAGUCCAACAGUAACAGCAACAGCCAUGGUACAAGCAGGAGCAGUAAACAAAACCUGUCCAGCAACAGCAACAGCAGCAAGCAGAACUCGUCUAGCAAGUCUAGCGGCUGUUCCGGCCGAUCGACCCAACCUGGAGCUGCUGUCCCGGAACCGGUCAAACCACAGGAAGCUUCUUUAACAAUGUUGGAGAAGAAAGAGCCUACUGAAAGGCCUCCAAGGAAAAAGAAGGCUAAGAUCAGCUAUAGUGGUCCAAUGGAACCUGUCAAAUCAGCAGCAGAUAAAACAGGAGCUGCUACCUCACACUCGCAGGAAUCUAAAGCUGCAAAAGUAGCCUCCCUGUCCCAAGCCCUGGGCUAUGUCGAGCAGUUUAGGAAAAUACAGGCCCUGCGGUUUGAGAAGGCUGGUAGAGGUACAGACGAUGAUAUAAAUGAUUUGGCGAUUAAUCUCCUUGGUGCAUCUAAGAAUUUUGGUAUCCAGGCUGCCGCAGAGCAACCAUCCUUAAACCUCGAGGACAGGGAGAAGAUUCCCGAGGACACCAUCGUGAAACACGAGAAGAAGGAGGGGGACGGAUUCUGCGUCGCUGUCUCCUUGCAUGACGGGAUGGUGAUGCAGACUACAGCAUCUCUGACCAGCAUCCUGGGAUACCCCAAGGAUAUGUGGGUCGGACGAAGUUUUAUUGAUUUUGUUCAUCCCCAGGACCGUGAAACCUUUAUCAACCAAGUUACGGAAAAUGUUGGACUUAUUCUCCGGGAUCAGCACACUGACAGGGGGAAACCAGAAGCGGUGGAUACUUACAGGAAGAGCGGAUGCUUCUUUUGCAGGAUUCGAAUUUACAACGGACUCAAGUCUGGCUUUUCUGUUAAGGAGAGAAAGACCCGGUACAAUCCCUUCAAGCUCUCUGUUUGCUUCAGUGAGAUGGAUUCUAAAGGAUCCGGCAGGACUCCGGAGUCUUCUAAUCCCGUCUCAGGGCCUCACAGCACGUUCCUGUUCAUAACGGCGAUCCCUUUGAUCUCCUCCUACUCCGAACCCUACGAGGAUAUUUCUAUAAAGCAGGAGAACAGUGGUCAGCAUAUAUUUGUCACUAAGCACAAUGCCUCCUGUGUGUUCAGUAAUAUUGAUGAGACCGCUAUACCGUAUCUUGGAUAUCUACCACAGGAUAUAAACGGACAGGAUAUAUUCAAGUUUAUCCAUCCUCAAGAUCUUCCGUACAUUAAGGAGGUAUUCGAGAACGCAAUGCUUGAACAAGGUAAAGCUAUCAAGUCCCGUAAUAUCCGGUUCAAAGUUAGGAACGGAGGUUUUAUCUUGGUAAAUAGUUGGUGGAGUUGCUUCAUUAAUCCUUGGAGCCGACAGUUGGAGUUUGUCAACGGAAAACAUUCCGUAACAAAAGGUCCUCGACAUCCAGAUGUUUUUGCGGAUUUCCUCAAGGAAGCCGAAGAGCCCCAGACCCUAGUGGAGGAUUCCGAAACGCACGCGAUAGCUGUUCAGAACGACAUCAGGAACACGCUAAAGAAAACAGUACAAAGGAAUACAUUUCUAGACACAAACUUCAACAACACAUCCAAGACUAGGAAAGAGCUGUCCAGCUUCAUGGGAUCCCUACUGGAGGAGGUGGCUAAGGCGGAGUCCAACAAACUUAGUAGGUCAGGAAAUAUCAAAGCAUUUGUCAUCGGAAACAUUAGUCCUCAUCAAUCCGACUCCUCAGAGAAUCCACCAAGCUACACACAGCUGACGUACAACGAGAACUUAACAAGGUUCUUCAAUAGUCAACCAAAGACUCUCUUAGACAAGGUUGAUGUGCACAGGGACGCUUCUCAGGGUCACAGUAAGACCUCUGAGGAUACAAACCUAUCCGGUUCUAAUGAAACUUCUAGAAAGAAGGCAGAAAAUUGUCUGCACAAGGAGGACGGGGGGAGAUCAGCUCAGGGCUCUGGAGCAUCUGGAGAACCAACUCAAACUGGAUCCGGUACAGGACACAACUCAUCAACCUUACAGACAGGAUUAUCCGCUGGACAAGUUCAAUCCGGCCGCGAUUAUGGCAUGAUGUCGCAAGACGGAUCCGGAAGUGGAUCUAGGCUUGGCUCUGGAUCCGGAGACACUUCUCUAGACCAGUAUAGUCCGCCCCUUCUGACCCAAGAGCUAUUGGUCAUUCAUAACAAGGAUAUGGAAAGAAAGAUGUUGUGUAAAUACAAGCAAGAUAAGAGAUCGGGAGACAUUAGGUUUCUGAAAGAUCAUAAAUACAAACUAGCGCAGAACACUGCACUGAAGGGUGCAAACAUCCAGCAGGGAUCAAGGCAACCUGGAGGAGAUAUUACAGAAAAUUCUAAAAAAGUCUCGAACCCGUUUGACAAGGAAGGAAAAACAAUCUCCCGAUUCGAACCUGAUCUUCUCGGUAGGCCCGGGAACCGUCAGAUCUGGGCUAACUGCGAUGAGUCCAUCCCGAUCCAGGCCAGUUUCAACAAGGUUCAAGGUCAGCAGGGUCAUGAAGGUCAUGUUGGAUUCAACCAGGCGAACAUGAUGCAGAGAGGAACUCCAACCUCUGCUCCUGGAUUUACUAGUAGUGUUGGAGUAACAACUCUCUACAUGACCUUCGGUGGAAAUUCGGCCUCAAACCCCAAUCAGAAUUCCACACAGGUUCCCUCCGGGAUGAAUAUAACGCUUGAGCGUGGGUCUAGAUAUGUUCCCUUUAGUGUACUUGACACCGUUCCUGGAGUAUUCUUCUCACAGCUUGGAUUACCGUCUACCAGCGGAUUGGGUCCCAACAGUAAAACCAACCAGGAGUUAAACAAGUCCCCAACCCACCAACCAGCUCUCCCUAACUGUCUGGCUGUCAACAGUUGUAUUAUAUGUCCCAACUCCAAUAUUCCAAACUUCAAUAAUGAUUCUAAGUUUGCACGUCCUUUGUCACGUGCCGGAUCCCGAGCUAGCUCUGUGAAGGGGGAGCCUGGGAGCGCGCUUGAAUCUAAUGCUUCAGUAUCAGUAAAGGAUAAAAUUAUUCUUUCUCCGGGAAUACUCCAGGCUGUUGGGAAUAUGGUCACCAAGGAAAAAGAGACGGAUCAACAAAGCACUAGCACAUCUAGCUCCAGCCUCUAUUCUUUUCUGAAAACCUCGGAGGAUUACAGCCUCACUAACGAGGACUCACAACAUUUAUCUGGGGACGAGACUCAGGUACAGAACUACGUAGCUAAACCUGUUCUCUCUGAACCAUUCUGGAACGAAAAGGUGGAACUUAGUAAGGAACUGGAGUACUGUUACCAACUAGAGGUUAAAAGCCUCGAGGAGAUCUUGAGGUCGGACCGAGAACGCCUCGGUGUCCUCAACCAGUUUCCCGAGGUCGGGGAGCAGUUAAAAGAGCUGUUGUCCGGACCCGAGGAUGUCGAGGAUCUUAACUUUGGUCUCUUAGAGAAUGAAUCCAUCUCCAGCUGUGAAUCAUCCUCAGCUGACGAAGGAACCUCCGAGGAUGGCGAUGUACUGCGUGUGAAAAGGUUAAAGAUGAAAGCACACCUGGAGAAUCUAAAUAUAUUUUUUGAAGCUGACGCUCCAUUCCCACUUGCGGAGCCACGAAAACUUGAGCUGGCAAAUAAGAAGUCUUGGAUGAUAAUAAACCCCUCACUGGAGGCAGAGUGGGAGAAGAAGAUGAAUUCCUCCAGUGUUUCAAGAAGUUCAAAUGCGGGAAGUUUCAAGUCCGGGAGUACAUCACCAACUCAAAAUAAUUCUGAGAAUGGUUCAGGUAAAAACUCGCAGAUAUGUCAGACCAAUAUUAAACAGCCUACCGGAGAAUCGGUUAUUCAGUUAUCUGGAGCUAAACCUGAACCUGAACAAUCUUCGAUAGAGCCACAACCCAGUCAACCCGGAGCUAAUCCUGAACAAGAGAUGGAGUCUUGUUCCCAACCCUCCAGUGGAGAAUCAGAAGCAAUGAGUGUAUCAUUCAAUGCACCCUGAACUAAACCAAGUCAAAACAAGUCAAGAAUGAAAUGUUAAACUUUAAUUUAUUUGGAAACCAAUUUAUUCUAAACCUUGAAAAAAUGAUUAAAAAUAUUAUAAUUAACAAUUUAUUUUACAAGAUACCUUUAAUACAAGUCGGUGUCUAUUUCUAAUCUAAUUAUAAAUGUGAAACAAUUACCUGUCAGAUAUUUACAGAAGAACAUCGUCAUGGUGAGGGUUCUAUUUUCUGUGACCUUAGGAUUUUCCAUUAACAUCAUAAUAGAGGAUUUUCCAUUAACAUCAUAAUAGUUGUUAUUUAGAUUAAGUGUUUCAAUUGUUAUCAAUAAAAUGAUUGUUGUCGAUAUUUAA